GAACACACUAUCCUUGGUCUGACCAUCACGUGCAUUCUAGCGGCAAUUGAUCGACGACGUUCCCCAAAGCAUUCCCCAAGCUGCUUCUGUUUGGCAGCCUUGCUCACAACCGCGGCGCGCAACCAUCGACUUAUUCCAAGCGUUGACCGCUGAAGCCGGUCGCCGCAGGUCAUCGUCGCUGGAUAGAUCUUAUCGCAGCUUCGUUAUUGCGCGGCAUCUAUUUGCCACGACCGUGUGUUGCACUCCUGUGGCUGUUCGGGUUCGGCUCUCUAGCUAUCAUCCCACGUACGUUAUACCAGCGUACCCAUGGUGAGAACGCGCAAAGAAGAGCAUCAAUCCACAACAAACACACCCAGAACCUCAUUAGAGCGCAGAUCGAAAAGAAAGAGAAAAGGAAAAGCCCAAGAUAGUGAACCUGAACUUGUCCAACAGGCGCCUGCCAGAAAGCGCAGGAAGUUGGGCAAGAAAAAAGAGUGGUGGAACAUUCGCCGGGUCAUUAAUGAAGAGUACUUAGCAAACCCUAACAGUGGUGAGAUUAAGCACCGGUGCCUUGUAGAGUGGGAAACUGACUCUGACGGUGAGACGUAUGAGAACGAGUGGAUUCCGUACAAGGAUCUCAAUGUUGAAGCAUUAAAAGAUUGGGAGAAAGAAAAACAGAAGAGGGAACGUGAAAGGACAAAUCGUGAAGCUCAACGUCGUGAGACGAGAAAUCGGCGAGGACUUCGAGAUCUUACACCUCGUCGGGGUAAAUCCGAGACGCCUGUGGUUUGCAACAGACAACAACAGCCAAAACUUGAUGCAUCGACUCAUGACAUAUCUCGAUUCAAUUCUCACGAGCAAGACGUGCAGCCAAGUCGCAGUUCCAGGAUUGAACCUGGAGGUACCUUUUCAGAAGAGCCUGUGCCUUCAUUCAUCUCUGCUUCAUCUGUGGACGCUGAAUCUGUGAGCUUCGACGAUUUCUCGAGGGCACCUACUCAAGGAGUUGCUGUUGUGUUAAGUAAGCCCGACAACUUCGACCCAUCUGAGUAUCAGAGUGUCGCCACUCAAAACAGCUCUCAAAGGAUCACGGAACUUGAGGAUGAUGACCAGCGAGUUACUUUUGCAUCGCAACUAAGCCAAGACACCAUCCCAGAUUCUCAAGAUCUAUCCGGACAUUGGGACUAUCAAAAUUGCGAAAGCGAACCUGCUGCUAGACCUGAUCGUGCUCCAAGCAGUCCUAAAAUACCCGAAGAUCCAUCAUCAUUGGCCGAGGACAAUUCUGGAAGUAACCGUCAAGUUGGAGAGGUUGUAUGCCAGAAAGAGGUACACAAUCGCGACUUCAGCGCCAGGUACCCAGAAAGUGAGGCUUUUCAGCCUGCCAACGCCCCUGUGGAUCUGAAGGCAGAGUAUUCUGAUUCCGAGAAUCUUGAAGACAACCAGUUACCCACUGAUUUUGGAGGGUACACCGGCGCCGCUAAUCAUUCAGACGACCAGACCGAGGACAUUCACAGACUCAGAGGGACCCACGAUCCAGAAGGUGACAAUACUGAGAACGGAACCACUACGAACGACCAGAGAUUAGAGGGAGAUAAUCUUAGCUCGAGCGGGGGUAUUCCAGAUACCUUAUCGCCGGAAAACGAGAGUUUUGAAACCGCAAACUCUCAGGCUAGCCAGUCCUUGAACAGCCGAGACUUGCCUGUCAAUCAGGACCCAUACGGCCAAGAUAGCGUCUCGGUUAAUCAAGGUUCUGGGGACGGGCAGCAAGUGGUACAAGAUCACGUCUUUGAUUCUCCAAGUCGCCUUCCAUUUGAAGAGGAGACUCUAGGUAAUAAGCAUUCGGGUGUGGAGCGAAGUGCACCAAGUCAUCAUCACUCCCCAGGGGAUCAAGACGAAAUAAUUGGACUACAAUUCGAAAAGGGCGACAUUGACCCCCAGCGCCCUGACAAAUCAACUGGCGUGAGUGGCGUGAAAGAUCUCUCACAGUCACAGGAACUAUCCUCAUCAAGCAAGGAGAUUGAUGUCAUCGUUCCAGAUUCCCAGGACCACUCGAGCCUAUCCACCGACCUAAACAUUAUUACGGACAGAACUUCAACGUUUGGAUCAAAGACCCAGCUUACCCCUCUUGCUUCACAGGUUGAAGUUGUUCCGGAUUCGGCUGCAACCGGCUCAGACAUCAUACCGUCUCGUCAACCAGACCACUUUCGCCCUGCAAUAUCUGAGAAAGGGAUCCUUCUUGAUAGUUCCCUACCCAGUGACCAAAGCGCCCCUCACGUCGUAGGGGAGACAUCUGCAUCUCUACGAAGUUCUCCCGGUUCACAUAGGACACAGAAACCUCAAGUAUAUAAUUCCCAACCCCAAGGGCUGUACGACUCCUUAGACAUAUCGAGCUAUCUCUCUUCUGCGGCUGGGAUUAUCAACAAGACUGCCCAAUCUAUUUCUGGCGCGGCUGCUCACCCAAGAGCCUCGAGCGAAACUCAGGCGAACCAGGAGGAAAGUCUUGAAGCGUUGCAGGCGGCUCAGGCGGCUUCGCAGCUUUCUAGAUCUCAACCCGAGGAAAACAGUGUUUCCGGUCAAAGAACAGGCUCCAGUCAGAGAUCGCCUUCUCCCACGAGUAUUGCAAAGACCGAUAGCGUACUCAGCAAAUCUAAGACCGGCAGCGACUCUAAAGAACCUGAAAAGCCUCGAUUAGAUUCAAAAAACCAGAAAAUGGAGCGCUCGGGUUCUCAACCACGGGAUUCAGCUGCCGAUGAGCUGAAAAGCUACAUCGAUUUCGGCAGGGACUCGGCACUGACACAUGUUGGUGAUUCUCUCGAAGAGAACCAUGACGGGACGCCUUAUGAAGCAAUCACCAAUGAAGACCCGGUUCCUGGUGCCAGUACAGGCAGUCUUGAAGCUGUACUUCAGUCUCAGCCAGUCUACUCUAUGGAUCCCUGGAAACCAGAAGCUCUAGGGACCAACCCCGACACCCCUGUGUCAUCAAUAGCGCCGGCAGCCAUUAUGGUGGACCCUUCCACCACUGCAGUUGCCAGGAUUCGGGAAGAGCUCAGUAGAAGAUUUGCUGAAUCAGACGUAUCCUUCACCCGUUCUAUUGUUAGCCAAGAUGAGGAAGAUAGCAUGCUCCCUGCAACGAUUUCUCCCACAGUCAUCAGUAUACCGAAUGAACCAGUUGAGCCAACCCACACCUUGAAUUUUCCCAACCAAGAUUCAGUGCCCGCUGAAGUUGAAAGUUCAGGGCACUCUAUUACCAUGGGCCAAGUUUCUGUUGAACAAGAUUCUGAUGUAUCGUCAGAAUCUUCAGGGCAGGACGACUUUUACGUACAAAAGUUCGUCACUCUCCCAAUGCAAGCGAGCAGGCGUUCUUACUAUGGAGAGAUAAUAGAGAGCCACAAAGCCGAAAUUCAGGCCUUUAGCCGCUGCUUCACCGGCGAGACUCCCGAAGAGCCCAGUGAAGAACUUAUUGAAAAGAUUGACAGUCUUUUCGACAGGCUCUUCGAGAUUUGCGACUAUCCCCAGGAUGUCAUUGGCAGUGUUCUCGAGACGCUACCCAGCUCCGAGCUCGCCAAAUACUGUUGUGAUGCCAAUCCCAAGUUCAGUUUCUUAUUUGAGCUCAUGGCUGCACUAGACGGGAAAGAAAAGGGAAUUCUGAUUGUGGUCCGUAACCAGGAACUGAUGCGACUACUUUUUAAACUUGCUGAAGCAGCAAAGGUUGAAUGCUCGGCAGAAAGCAUUAACCAGCAUACCAAAUUUGUUUCGUUUGCAAGAAUCAGUCUUGCUUUGGCCACGGAAGAGUUCGACCCUUUCAGCUUCGACGUCAUUAUUGGCUAUGACUUUCAUUAUCUGAGUUCGUCGAUCGCCACGCAGUUAUGCGACAAUACUGUUCGGAAGUCGCCGCUAGUGCUAUUACUUGUGACAACAUAUUCGAUUGAGCAUGUUAGACUUCGUUUGUUGGAUGGCGCAACGGCACUCGAGGUUAAGAACGCAGUUCUCGCAUCUACUGUAAGCGCAGGACGCUAUCUCGAAGAACCAGAACGAGGCUAUUGUGAACCUCACGAGGUCGCAGAGAUAUUUGCAAAUUAUCUCAACGGAAUUACUGACACAUUGAAUUGGGAACCUCAGGGUAUCCCGGAUGAUGUUCUUGACAUCUUCGAGAAUCCGGGGACACAGACCCAGCUACCUUUUACAGGAGACGCCUUAUAUGGGAAUGAUUUGAAGCGGAAGCAUGUUAAUGACGAAGACGAUGGUGACGCUAAACGAAUGCGCACUCUUCCACUUCGCGAUCUGCCGAUCGAUACUAAUAAUCCCCCUAUGCCCAUUGCAGUCCGCCGGAUGCUCGAAAGUGCUUCCCCUCGAGGCGGGACCAGGGAAAGAAAAGCAAUGAUUUCAGUGCCUCUGGUAACUCUGGAGUCAAUCAGGGAGCAGAUCGACGAAUACAAGCGACAAACUUCACAGGCAGGCGAAGUUGAAGCAGAACUCAAAAGCCACAUCAGCAGACUUGACAGAGAAUUGAAGGACCAUCGAAAGACCUUGAAUAAGAUUGAGUCUUCUAAUCGUGCUGCUCUUCAAGAUCGAACCGUGGCUGAAAAGGAGAGGCUGCGAAUUGAGGGUCUUGCGGCAGCCGCCGCAAAGGUCGCUCAAAAGGAGAAAGAGAAGCAACAACAGCGAAUUGAUGAACUCGAAUCAACCAUUGCGCGUCUCAACGAAAACCCUGAAUCAGCCAAGAGGGAAGAGGCGUUAACCGAAGUCAAAGGGCAACUGCAGCUCUCGGAAAGUAGGCGGAAGAGCGCCUUGAGCGACGUGGAUUUCAUGAAGAGUCGGUACCAGGAUGUCGACUCCCAAGCUUUGAGAUUGACAAAUGAGAACAAAUCAUUGAAGAUCCAAAAUGAAGAGUUGACACAAAAGGCAUCAGAGAAUUUGCGUGCCAUUCACACGCAGAAUCUUGCCAUAGAACGGCAAGGGCUUUUGCAGCAAAUCGCAAAUCUACAAGCCCAAGUCCAGCAACGAGAUGCGGAGCUAUAUAACGCCAACCAGAGGUUGGCCAGUGUCUCGAAUGGCAGAAACACACGUGGAGGUAGUAUGCCUCGCAGCCCUCGCGUGCCAAGUGGAAUGAGCCCACGACCCCGGGCAGCAUUCUCUGCUAGUCGAGGGACGAGCCCUAUCGGCCCUGGUCAACAAUUCGUGGGACAACAGGCAGGAAAUGGAAGAUGGAAUCACUUACAAUAAGAGCUACGGACGGCAGAUGUAUGGGGGCAUGGUGAUACCAAUCCUUUAUAUGUUAGGGCUAUCAUGGUAUUUGGCGUAUGGGACCGGCAGUUGGGAAUGUAGAACCUCUCUACACCAGUAUACAAUGAACA